CGACCCAUUCAGGAAACUCCAUUAACCAACGCGCCUUGUCGCGUUCCUUGACUCGCUCAACAUCCUUCAACGACAUCCGUCCUUUGUAUCUCUCGUUUGAUUCCUGUGCACCACCAUCGCUACUAGCCUUGGUUUAUGUGCGAAUUUCAACCCAUCCUACUAGCCCAGCAUCUCCGUGCCAUCGGUUCUAAUCCAGUCUCGCCUCAGACUUGUCUCAGGUGGCCAGGUUCAGGUCCAGCGUUGACCAAGUUUUGAUUCUGGGCUCCAGAUCGCUGGAAUAUGCCCUGAUUCCACACGCGAGACCCUUUUUGCCAGCCUCUGCACCGGGAAACGCCCACUCUCGCCCCAAUCUUACAUUCCCGCAAGCAUGGCGUCCGAGCCCGUGUCUUUCCCCGCCGCGGGACAGCGAAAUCCCACGGAUGACGAGAUGUUCAGCAGCUUCAACCUCAGAGGAGGCGAUGGCUCACACAAUGUCGACGGCAACGGGCCACAAGCUCGAUCACGGAGGAGAAGGGACCCUACAGCAUCGGCAUCGCCCCAGCCAAAUGGCCAAAGCAGUUCCGAUUUCAAGCCUGGUGCCAUUGUUCGCGUCAAACUCAAGGACUUCGUCACCUACAACGAGGCCGAGUUUUUUCUUGGUCCGAGUUUGAACAUGGUCAUUGGACCCAAUGGCACCGGAAAGAGCUCGCUUGUCUGUGCUAUUUGCUUAGGAUUAGGCUUUCCUUCCAACGUAUUGGGCCGCGCCACCGCCUACGGAGAGUUUGUGAAGCACGGAAAGGACGAAGCCACGAUUGAGGUGGAACUCCAAGGGGAACCCGGAGAGAGCAACUACGUCGUCGGUCUUCUUAUCACCCGAGAGAAUAAUAGCCGCGAUUUCACCAUCAACCGUAGGAAAGCCACUCACAAGGAGGUGCACCAACUGAUGAGUUCGCUUCGCAUCCAAAUCGACAAUCUGUGUCAAUUCUUGCCCCAAGAAAAGGUGGCCGAGUUUGCUGGCCUCACUCCGGUCGAGUUGCUGGAGAAGACUCUGCAAGCCGCCGCACCGGAAGAAAUGAUUGCGUGGCAAAGCGAACUGAAAGACCACUACAAAGUCCAAGCAGAAGCCCAGCGCAGUGCCGACGAGAGCGGCGAGGAGAUCAAGAAACUGGAGCAGCGACAAGCAGCUCUGCAGACGGAUGUCGAGAGGCUUCGGGAAAAAGAACAGUACGAGGCCGCCAUUGCCAAACUCAAAAAGCUGAAGCUUGUUGUCGCCUAUAACGAGGCCCGUGAACAAUUUUACGUUGAAAAGAAGAAGAAAAAGGAUGCUGAACGCCGUUUGAUUCAACUCCAGCGAGACUCUGCUCCAUCCUUGGAGGCGGUUAAUAAAAAGCAGGAAUACGUGGGAGGGGUCAAAGCCGCUGUCGAAACCAGGACAGCCAAGCUAAGAGACGCCGAAAAAGAUGCUGAAAAUGCUGUCAGAGGUAUUGAGGCGGCCGAGAUCACAGUCAGGAACCUCGCUGGCCAGCUUGAAGCGGAACAAGGCGCGUUUGCUGCUAGAAGACAGGAACUUGGCAAGAUCCGUAAGAAGAUCACCGAGUUGGAAGCCAAGUACGAACAGAACCCUAGGGAAUUUGAUCCAGCCGAAUGGAACAGGCGAAUUCGAGAGCAAGAGCAUAAGAUCCGCGAUAAGGAACAGGAAAUCGCGGAACUGAAUGAACAGAUCACGACGUUGAGAACUCAAGGGAAAGAAAAAAAUAGGACAAUCCAAACGGCCCAGGAGAAAUUGGCGGCUCUCGAUUCUCACCAGGGCCAGUUACUCAGCAAGCUGCGACAGGCCAACAACGACGCUGCUCAGAUCUGGGAAUGGCUGCAGGAGAAUCAGAAUGUUUUUGAGAGCGAGGUAUUUGCCCCACCAAUGCUGAGCUGCUCCGUCAAGGAUCCUCGGUAUUCCAAUCUCGUGCAAGCUUUCUUGCAAGGGGACGAUUUCCUGUGCUUCACGACGCAAUCACCCGAGGACCUUAAAAAACUCAACCACCAAAUUGUCAACGUAAUGGGACUUUCCGGCACUAUUCGAUGCUGCACCGCCGACGCCAACUCAUUCAGGCGGCCUACGUCGCAGGCAGAACUCAACGCUCUCGGUCUUGACGGGUUCAUCAUUGACUUUAUUGAAGGUCCCGACCCGGUACUGGCCAUGUUUUGCGCCGAGAAGAACUUACACCGCACGGCGAUCGCACUUGCCGAUAUCUCGGAAGAACAAUACGACAAGAUCACAUUGGACGGUCGUAUCCGCUUUUUUGCUGCCGGAAGGCAAUCUUACCAUAUCACUCGCCGUGUAGAAUAUGGCUCUGGUGCCGUUUCAACUCGUGUUCAGCAGGUCCGUCCGGGCAAAUUCUGGACAGACAAGCCGGUGGAUGACUCUGUGAAGAGGGAACUGCAGUGUCAGCUAGCUGAAGCUGCCGGCGAACGCGAGGAACUGAAACAGCAAAAUACUAAGCUGUUAGGGGACAUGGAUGUGUUGCGGGAAGAGAUUACAACAAUCAACAAUAAACUCGAGCGAUUACGAGCCGAGAAAAACGAGCUACAAAGGGAACACAGCAUUUGGCAAGCUCUCCCUGACAAGAUCGAAUCCGAGAAGAGGUCAGAGCAGGACAAGAGACAGGAGCUCGUCGAAACUCAGCGCCAACUGGCCGAUCUCGAAAAGCAGCACGAUCGCGCCGUUCUCAAAAAAGCCGAAGCCGUUCUACAGCAUCAAGCGAAACUUUCGGACAUCCGAGAGGCGUACCAGGCCCUCCAGGAGGCAAAGGUGCUUCUUAUCGAAGCCCAGUCUGACUUUGAAGUGUUGAAGGAGAAGAACGUCGAGAGAAUCAAGAACCUAGAAGAUGAGAAAAAAGCCCUGGGGGAAAUCUCAAAGCAAAUUCUCCAGAUACGCCAGCGGGCCACCGAGGCAAAGGCGGCUGCCGAAGAUGCCCUCAGCGAGGAGGAGAGGAGUGGGGGGGAAUUUUCGGCUCUGGCGAAGACCACGACUCUAGAACAGGUUGAGAGUGAUCUUAGGGCGCAGGAGAACUUGGCGGAUGGCAUCGAGGCCAACAAUCCACAUGCGCUCAAAGAGUACCAGGACUGGGCGCAAAAAAUCGAGCGCGAGCAAGCAAACCAUGAUCGCCGCGCAGCCCAGCUAGCCGACGUAAACGCCAAAAUCGAAACCAUCAGGAGCCAGUGGGAGCCUAGGCUGGAUGAACUUGUCAGCAAGAUCAACGACGCGUUCUCGUACAACUUUGAACAGAUCAGCUGCGCGGGAGAAGUCGGUGUUCACAAGGACGAGGAUUUCGAGAAGUGGGCCAUCGAAAUCAAGGUCCGAUUCCGAGCGGGCGAAGCCCUCCAACGUCUCGACCAACAUCGUCAAUCCGGCGGCGAGCGCGCCGUCUCAACCAUCUUCUACCUAAUGUCCCUCCAAUCAAUGGCUCAAGCCCCCUUCCGCGUCGUCGACGAGAUCAACCAAGGCAUGGACCCCCGCAACGAGCGCAUGGUGCACGAACGCAUGGUCGAGAUUGCCUGCGGCGAGCGUACGUCGCAAUACUUCCUCAUCACGCCCAAGCUGCUGUCUGGGCUUAGAUACGACAAGCGCAUGAGGGUCCAUACGAUUAUCUCUGGCGAGCAUGUCGACCCCGAGGGAACUAUCAAGAUGAACUUUGGGAAGUUUGCGGAGAUUCAGAGGGGGUUGCUGAAUAGGACGAUUCCGUUUGCGAGCCAGAUGGCGAAGGAGGAGGCUGCUUCGCAGGCUUCUUCGAUGGUGGAGGCUUCGCAGGCUUAGAUGUAAAGCUCCGGAGGAGACAUGAAGGGCUUGGUUGUCAAAAGGAACUGAUAAUUUCGGGACUGGUUGGGUAGCUUUUUUGCUGUUGCCGUGUUGGAGUUGGAAGAGGCUUAUCUAGGUAGAUGGUUGUUUGUCUAUUUGGUAUCGUUUCGAGAUCUAUUCACCGUUCAUAUUCCCAUGUCUGACACUCGUGGUAAACGCAAGAUACUACUAGCCUUUCUGCUGAGGACAAUGAAAGUCAAUGUUGCUGCUGUAU